CCAGUAGGAGCAGUAUGAUGUAAAGGGCGGGUCAGAGGUCAGAGUUCAAUGGGGACAAUGGCAUAAGUGACAUAACGGUUCAGGCUUAAAUGUCACCAAAACGGCCGUCACACACAUGACUUUUCCGAAGAGCUCUGUAAGCCAGGUCACAGAACAACAAAAACAUCAACAACAACAAAAGACUUCACGUAUUGAUUUCUAGAAGCCGAACAGCGUGAGCAAUAGGACAAAGCGAGAGUCGUGGAAACAGGAUGGGGUUGCGGGGGGCAGCCUUCCGCACACAGACCAGAGACCGAAUGAUCCAGGUAGAACAAAGCUGGGGGCUCAGAAUGUCAACAAUGGCACAUGUGACGUUCGAUUAAAGCCAGACAAUGGGAGCUUUUCUCUGUGAGGGGAAGUGGGCAGUUAGCGAGUCUGUUCCAGAGCCGAAUAAAGAGCCUGGUGACAUCAGGAGCCCAAAGGGAACCAACAGCAGGCGAGUGUAGACCACACUGGUGACAUCAACAGCAGGCGGGUGUAGACCACACAGAGUCCCAGGUGUUGCAGAAAGCCUAGCAGGAAGAUACAGCAGAGGGGAAAGAGGACCUUCGCGAGACCCUCUACAGGUUUAUAUUAACCAAGGCUAGACACACCCCCCCCACCCUCCCUCCUAUUUCAGAAGCUCUACUCCCUGCCUUUUUUCUUCUGUUCUGCGCUGGGGAGCCCCCAGUUUCAUCGCCACCGUGGAUCGCUUGUUUGACAUGCACCCUCAGCGCCCGCAGCCCCAGGCCAUGCCCUCCGGGCUGGGGCAGACCCUGAGAGACGCUGCCCUGGGGUUAGGGCGCGGGAAGAACCUGCUGGGCGGAAACAUCGCCUAUGGCUUCAUCCAGUCGCUCAAGGAGUGCCUCUACUUCCUGCUCUGCUGCUGGUGCAUCAAGGAGAUCCUGGACUGAGUGAGGAGGGAGGGAAGGAGAACGCUCUUUCUGGGGGGUUUUUCUCGGUUUUUAUUCCCUUUGAUUCACCACUUUGGUUUUUGUCAUCCCACCUUAUGUAUUGGUACCCAUAGAGGUAAGCAUGCAUGGUGCUUCUGGACUUUAAGAAGACUGAGUGGCCUUGGUUGUUCAUAUGCAUGGUCCACUGAACAUUAAGGGAAUGCCUUCCUAUACCGAGAUAACGUACUAACCUUACCUACUAGAAAAAGACUCACCAAAGAAUACCACUGGUAUGGAGGAACUAUAUCUGACUUGGGCCUUAGCUAUGGACAUGUGUUCCUAGGAUAUGACUGAAGGAUAUUUCUUAUUAUUGAUUUUCAAAUGGCUGUAAAUGAUGCUUAAUAGCCUCUAUAUUGAUAGGCAGGAGACGCACCAAACUGCAACCUGAGUCUCUAACUCAACUGCUGCACAUUGCUCUGACUGUGUAACUCAUGUGCACACAGUCCACUUCAGUGAGGUCCAUGGCUGCAACAAACAGAAGACUGUCAAAAAACAUUUCCAUGAGUUUGAGUUCUGAAUUUGCUGAAGGUAUGCAAGC